AUGAGAAGGAGUCCGAGAAGUGGUGUCAAAAGUGGUCAAACAAAUGGCAGCCAAUUGUGCGCCCAAUUGAAGGCCAAUCACCAGUCAUUGAAUGGUGUCUUGAGUUCAUUGCAAACCAUUUCAGACAAAUGCAGACAAUUUUGCAAACAGUUUAACAUCGGAUCCGAUGCCGACUAUCAGCUCACGGAAUACGAAGACCUGUUGUCCCGACUCACCGAAAAACUACAAACUAAUCGCUCGGCUUAUCAGCGAAAUCAUGGCACCGAAGAGGUCGCCGACAACGAGUCCGAAGUGUCGGAUCAAAUGGACAACCGUUGCGAUGAUAUCGGCGAUGGAGGCGACGAUCUGAGCGAUGGCCACAGCGAUGGUCACCACAACGAAGACCACAGUCUUGUCAAUAACCUAUCGCUGGAAGAAUUGGAGCGAAAGAUUACUGUGUUUUAUAGAGUGGACAAAAAGUGUGGCAAAAAGUUGAAACACUUCCGCUGUCCGGUCGAUGGCUGUGGCGUUGAAUCCCAUUCGCGGGCCAACAUCGAAGCGCAUCUGAUCCGACACACCAACGAUCGCGACCACCAGUGCUAUUGGCCCAAAUGUGAUAAGAGUUUCGGUUACAAGAAGUCAUUGCUUUCACACAUCGAGAGCUAUCAUCUGAGAAAAGAGCGGUUCAAGUGCUGCGCCGACGGCUGCGGUCAAGUGUUUGUCCACAAGUAUGAACUUCACUAUCACAUCAAACAGCACCACAACAGCGAUGGUCCGCAUCGGUGUGUUUGGACUGAGUGUCACUUCGACUUCGGAACCGUCACAUGUCUUUGGCCUCGUUGUGGACAACACUUCGCUAAUUCAAAUCAACCGGGCUUUAAAAGCGAUUUGGACGGCGAACUCAAUGCCGGUGAGAACGACGACCAAUCCGGUGACGAUAGCGGCCAUUAUGUGGCACUCAAUCGGCGAAACAAAAGUAAACCGAGUGACGAAUCACCGGAAACUCACAUUAAUAAAUAUACCGGCAAACCGUUGUCGAGACGGCGCCGGGAGAGGAACUACCCGUGCAGUUGGCCCGCCUGUGAGAUGGCCUUUGAGAGUAUAACCGCUGUGAAUAAUCAUAUGCGUAAACACACCGGUGAGAGACCUUUUGUCUGUGAUUGGGAAGAGUGUGGAAAGACAUUUCGCUAUGGAAGUGGUCUUAAAUUGCAUAAGGAGAUGAUUCACCUGAAGCUCAAACAGUAUCGGUGCGAAUGGCCUGAAUGUGGUGAGGCGUUCAUAUCGAUGUCUCAACUCAAGGUCCACCAGACAGAGCACACGGGCAUCAAGAGGUUCCAGUGCCAGUGGCCGGGCUGUGAGUGGCGCACAAACCACACGCAACAGCUGGAGAUCCAUCGGAUGCGCUCUCACGAGGGAAAGAAGCUAUACUUCAAACGCUAUAAGUCGAAGAAUAACUCGAACCCAAACUCCGACUACGACUAUAAGGGAGUGCUCAAGAAGUUUGGCUGCGAUUGGCCCGGAUGUGGGCGACGGUUCCGCUUUGAGAACAAUCUCCAGACACACAUCAAAGCCCAUCAACGGUCUACGGACGAUUCGGUUGAACCUAAAGCACCCAAAAAACCGGCCAAAAAAUAUAAACAAAAAUAUAAAUAUCGGAUUCCGAAAGAGACCAAAGUUAACAAGAAGUAUCCGUGCGAAUGGCCCGGAUGUACGGCCAAUCCUAUGCCCAAAACUAUGCUGAAGCAACACAUGAACAGACAUAAGGGCGUUAAGCCGUUCGCUUGCGAUCACUGCGACAAAUGCUUCUCAUAUAGAAGUACUCUAAGAAGUCAUAUCCAAUCCAACCAUCAAUUGGCCGAAGAGACCAUCGAAAGGGAGUUCAAGUGUCCGUUUGGUGACUGCACCCGAUCUUUCAGCACAAAGAAAGGCAUUGACUUUCACAUUAAGAGAACUCAUCAAAAUGUGGAUAACGAAAGCAAUUUUAGCCAAACGCGUGAUACUCGUGACAGUUGUGAUAAUAGCUAUAACAAUAGCGUUAUGACGAUUAGCGAAACGCCGAGUCCUCAAUAUAUGGGCGUUCAGUCAAAUGUGAUCCGUUUGGAGCGCAUUCAGGCCUUCAAUUCCAUGCGAAUCAACGGCCCGUACGAACGAUACGAAAAUCAUUACGAGUCCAUGGGAUCGCCCGCCGGCCUCACCAAUCGCUCCACUCAUACAACUGCCGAGAAAUUGUUGACAAAUGCUUUGAGAGCUCAACGCGGUGUCAGAAUUGUGAGACCAACUCAACGACAAUCCAUUGAGACUUCGCCGCCGGUCAACACCGAGACUAUUAUCAAGGAGUUGCCCAUCGCUUGCACUCAUGAUAGGUGUUGGCGACGAUUCAAGUCAACGAAGGCUCUGGAAUACCAUCUCAAGAAGUUCCACCCAUAGUUGUGUUGAAUCACUUUUUCACUUUUAC